GCCCUGGCUCCUUCUCACUUUGUACACACCCCCAGCAGGUGCUUUCACUUGAAGCUUAGUUUGCAGUUGUGCUUUGCGCUGUGACUUUCAGGUUAAGUGUGAUUCUGCCAAAAGGCCUGGGAGGGUUCCGAGGCCUCGGGCUGGGGUCUCUGCGACAGUAAUCGGGGGGCUGAGACAGAUUGAAGGGUGCCCUCUGCCUGCUGCACCUCUGUCCUCAGGUAGCGGCCGGGCGUCCAGGCUGACGCGAGCAUCAGUCAGAAACGGGAUAAAAGGCCGUUUUUCAUCCUGAACAGAAACAGAGCUGCGCUGCAUCUACCAUCAUCCAGUCAAGUCUUUGCAUCGGGCCAUCAGAGCAUCUUUGCCUCGGUACCAGUUAUGUCAAACUCAGUGGGCAGUUUAUCCGAAGGCACAGUUUAUGAGCCCCGGAGUGGGAUGACGGAGGACUCCCUCGCCAUUCUGGAGCGAAACAGGGGCUCUGGAGAGGCCUGGGACAUGGGGGAGACCAAACCAAACGUGGAAACUCUGGAGCGUGGCAUGCCAGGCAUCUUCCUCUCCUGUUUCGACAUGCUUCUCACUGAAGAUGCAACGUGGCUAGUGAAAGUCUCGGAGGCUUCCCCAACGCUGGCCGCACCCAUGACUCACAUGGAGCCCUGCGAAGAACCAGAGCAGUGCCCCAUCAUUGAUAGCCAGGAACAGGGACUCUCUCCAGGGAUGGAGGGCCAGGAGGAGGAGCGGUCUCUGGAGCAGGUGCAGAGCAUGGUGGUGGGAGAGGUGCUGAAGGACAUCGAAACAGCCUGCAAACUGCUCAAUAUCACCCCAGACCCUAUAGAGUGGAACAUGGGAAAUGUGCAGAAGUGGCUGCUGUGGACCGAACACCUGUACAGGUUGCCCCACGCUGGAAAGUCUUUCCAGGAGCUGACAGGAAAGGACCUUUGUGCCAUGAGCGAGGAGGAGUUUCGCCAGCGUUCGCCACAGUGUGGAGACACGCUGCACGCGCACCUGGACAUAUGGAAGUCAGCUGCCUGGAUGAAAGAGAGGUGUUCAACUGGAGAUACCAAAGCUACAGGCGGCGAGGAGCUUUGGUCUGAAGCCGAUUCGUCCUGUUCGGGUCAGCCUAUUCAUCUGUGGCAGUUCCUCAGAGAGCUCCUGCUAAAACCUCACAACUAUGGACGCUGCAUCCGCUGGCUCAAUAAAGAAAAAGGUAUUUUCAAAAUCGAAGACUCGGCUCACGUCGCGAGACUGUGGGGACUCAGGAAGAAUCGACCUGCUAUGAACUAUGACAAACUGAGCCGCUCCAUACGUCAGUACUACAAGAAGGGCAUCAUCCGCAAGCCCGACGUGUCUCAGAGACUGGUGUACCAGUUUGUUCACCCAGUAUGAGGCUGCAGCAGAAUGUGGGAGGAGGAGGUGGAAACCUACAAAAUUAAAAUAAAGGACACGUUAUCUCACCAUGCACUUGAACACCUAAACCCGAGAUGAAAAGGCGAGAACACGUGCACUGACCAACCCCGAUGGUACACACUUCCACUGCCAAAACUGAAGUAACAGCUGGCAGCUGCUGCAGGAAGGUUUAUCUGUGCACGGGCCAAGAGGAAGAGACAAAACAAUGUGGCCGCUGAGGCUUUUUCCAGCUGCAGAAUGAGACAACCACAGAUUUAAAAAAAAAAAAGGAAAAAAAAGAGAAAAAAUGAGGUGAACUGCCUUUAAUUUGCAUGAUCUGCCUGUUUAUUUUAUCCAUAAUGUGACUCUCACUCAUUCUUCAUUCAUUACAACAAACAGUUAGAACUGAUACUUCUUACUCACAAGCUUCAGGAAAACGCCCAUUGGCCACAGCUGAAUUUGCUUUGCCUUUUUUGUUCUGCUCAUCUUGACCGUGAUCUCUGUUUGAGUUAGAGCCAGUUUUUCUGCCACAGUUGAUCAUGUGGGUAGGAUUGUUUUGCUUCUUUUGUGGGUUUGGUCAUGUUAUACACACAAUCAGUCAGUCAGCUCCCGUAACCAACUACAACUACAAGACAGGCACUCUUUUUUUUUCUUUUUUUUUUUUCUUAUCUGAUUCAAAGGUGAAAACCUUUGGACGAGCCUUAAUACCUUGCUGUGACUCUGUUUAUAAUGGUGUAACUUGGUAAAGAGUGAUGCAUUUCCUAAUUAUUGUUUUACUGCUGAGGAGCCCUGCUUUAUAUAUUAUGUUUUCAAUCCUGGUUUAUAAUGCUGUAUACUGCAUCUUAUGU